AUGGAGCAGAUGGGUGUUGUGCUGCGCGUGAGGCCUCUUCUUCCAGCUGAGAGAGAAAGAGGCGAAAAGGAGAGUAUAACUGUUCUUCCAGGGGGGACAAGGGUACGCAUUAUCACUCAUUUGAGCCGCAGCACUCAGAAUCAGGUAUACCAUUUUGAUAUGGAUUGUUGUCUGGGUCCAGAAGUAGACCAGAAGGGAGUUUUUCGCUCAGCAGCCAUUGCAGACAUGUGUAAUGCUGCAUUUGAAGGAAGAGCUGCUACAGUCAUGUGUUUUGGUCAAACUGGUAGUGGUAAGACUUACACCAUGAGCGGCCGCGCGGAGGAGGAGAACGGUAUUGUGACAGAGGAUGGCAUUCAGUUCGCUGCUGUGCGUUAUAUUGUUGAGUUGCGUGAUCAACUCAUGAAUAUGAAUAAGAAUGCAUCGAAAACUGUCAAACUAAGAGCUUCGUACAUGGAGUUAUUUAACGAACGCAUAAAUGACCUACUGAGCGGCAAUGAAGGACUUAAGUGUCGUUGGUCUAGGGAUGCCAAUAGUUUUUUUGUUGAAGAUCUCAUGGUUGUAGAAUGCUUAAAUAUAGAUGACCUUCUUUUAGUUCUCCGAGAAGGACAAAUGAGGCGAAAACGGGCUGAACACCUCCUGAAUGCUGAUAGUAGUCGCUCACAUGUACUUUUUACUACAUAUAUAGAGGUAGUAGAAGGUGAUCAUCCAGCUCGUCACGGGAAAAUAACUUUCGUUGAUCUCGCUGGAUCAGAGCGGUUGCGAGAUACAGGCAAUCAAGGGGAUGACAGUAAGUCUAUCAACCGCUCUCUUUUUGCCCUGGGAAAUGUCAUUGAGAAGUUAUCCAAGGCUCGAUCACCAAACCAAAGAAAUCACAUUCCCUACCGCUCGAGUGUGCUGACACAGCUGCUGAUGGAUAGUCUUGAUGGGGGCUGUCGCACACUCUUGGUGGCGUGCGUAACUCCCUCUUCAAGAUUUGUAGAGGAAUCAAUGCGCACGAUUAAUUUUGCUCAGCGCACGCGAAAUAUUAGAUCUCAACCUGUAGAACGUGUUGACGCAACACAGCAGGAGCUCUAUAACUUGAAAACGGAGAUUCGUAGGCUCCAGGCGGAGAACGCACUAUUGCGGCGCGCUUUAGAUCUACCAGAAUCAGGAUCUGUGGACUUGAAUAUGCUGCAAAAGAACAACCGACCACAACUGAAAACGUCGGUGCUUCCAUUGCCUACAGAUGCAUCACCUGUGAGAGCUCUUUCAUCCGGGGAACAAAACAGAGUGCAGCAACUUUCGAAACCUGAAAGUAUAUCACGAGGGUCUUGUAACAGCGAACCUGCGCCACGUCUCACUGCGUUGGACAUUCUCGAUCAGUUACCCAGUUCAUCUGGUCUUGUGGCCCGACAACGUCCGCUGCCGUUAGAAAAACCAGCAGUGCUUCCCUCUGGUCUUGGAUUCCACGUAGUGUCUAAGAAAAACAAAUUGUUUGGUUUGUGA